AUCAUAAGACGAAUUACAAAUAAAGACAGUUCAUCGAAAAGUUAAUUGCUUUUAUAUCAUCUAAUUGCAAUAUAACACAUAACAGUAAUUUUCUGAAGUGCUUAACACGUGGUGUAAAUAUAUGAAAGCAGAAUACGUUAGAAACAAAAGUAUUGUUUGAAGAAGGUUUCUAUAUAGGAAGAAACACUGUACUUAAACAGAAAUUGGAAAGGAGACUCUUGGAUUUCAAAAAUAUAAUACUACAUAUGUGGAGUGUUGAAUUUCUAUAUAUAAUUGGACAGAAUAGCACAGAACAGCAAAGUAUAGAUGAUGGAGGAUGAUGAAUUUCUCAUUUUGUCUGUGUUGGAAUUAUGUUUAUUGGCCUUGUUACGAGAAAAAAAACGAAGAAAAAGGUGGUCAAAUCGGAGGUGGUGGGUUAGACCUAUCAAUAUUGCACGUCCUAUAUUUGGGGAUUAUGAGCAUCUUUUUUAUGAAUUAAAAAAUAAUGAUGCUGAUAUCUUUUUUCGAUAUGUGAGAAUGAGGAAAGAAACUUUUUAUCAACUACUACAGAUGACAAAACCUUUUUUGAUCAAAGUGAGCAAACGAGCUUUUAAUCCAGAGCAACGGUUGAUCAUAACUUUAAGAUAUUUAGCAACUGGUGAUCAAAUACUGUCCAUUGCACUGGCUUUUAGAUGUGGAGAAUCAACUGUGCAGAAGAUUAUCCACGAAACAUGUUCAGUUAUAGUAAAAAUAUUGCAACCUAUAUAUCUCCGUUUGCCUACCAAAGAAGAAUGGAAAACUAUUAGCGCUGGUUACUUGGAAAAUUGGAAUUUUCCUAAUUGCGUUGGAUCCUUCGAUGGAAAACACAUAGAAAUACAAGCGCCACCCAAUUCUGGGAGUUUAUUCUACAAUUAUAAAAAGACAUAUAGUAUUGUGUUGAUGGCUGCAUGUGAUUAUAGAUACAUGUUUACAUUAGUCGAUGUUGGCUCAUACGGUGGCAAUAGCGAUGGUGGCAUUUUUACGUCUUCUGAUAUUUAUUCAGCACUACAAGAAGGAACAUUAAAUAUCCCUAAAAAUUUAAUAAAUCUUCCUGGAAGCAACAUUAAAUUACCAUAUGUUUUUCUUGGUGACAGUGGUUUCCCAAUUAGUACUAAUCUAAUGAGACCUUACUCUGGAAAAAUUACUUAAUGAAAAAAAGAAAAUAUUUAAUUACAGAUUGUCUAGAGCAAGACGCACUGUCGAAAAUACCUUUGGAAUUUUAUCAUCAAGGUGGAGAAUUUAUCGAAAGCCAAUUCAUAUGCAUCCUAAAUAUGUGGACACGGUCGUUAUGUCAACAAUAUGUUUGCAUAAUUUUAUAAAAUUUGAGGAAGACCUUGCACAAGUAGAGAAUAGAGUGUAUUGCCCUCCAAAUUUUAUAGAUUCGGAAGAUGCAGCAGGCAAUAUCAUUCUUGGAGAGUGGCGGCGAGAUGUUGGAAAAGCAUUUAGAGACAUUCCACCUACUUCGAUGCAUCAUGCAACUACAAUUGCAUAUAAGCAGAGAGACAAAUUGGCUGAUUAUUUCGUGACACAACCUGGUGAAGUUUUAUGGCAGUAUGACUAUGUUAAAAGAGGACUGCAUUAUGAUGAUCUAUGAAAUAUUUUAAUAUAAAUAAAAAUUAUAUGUGAUAAUACAUUAUAUGUGAUAUAAAUAAUACAUAUAUGU